CCGGAAACACACGUGAUGCGCGGGAGGGAGGGAACCGAGGGAGGCUUUCCCGGCCAGGAAGAAGAAGGAGAAGGAGAAGAAGCGAUGGAGGCGGAAAAGGAGAAGGCGGAGGAGGAGGAGGAGGAGGAGGAAGAAGAGGCAGGGAGCGGCGGCGUGGCGGCGGCUCAGCCCCAGGAGGGCAGCUUGGGCGCCGAGCCCGCCACCCAGGCCGAGGCGGAGAAGCAGCCGUCGCCAUCGCAGUCGCCUCCCACCCCCACCAGGUUGGAGGAAAUUGUUGCAUCCAAACCAGGAAAAACACCGAUUCAGCUGUUACACGAAUAUGGCACGAAGGCAAAUCUCAAUCCAAUAUAUGAAUGUGAAAAUGCUGCGGGAGAAGUACAUAUGCCAAUCUUCACCUAUAAAGUUACCUUAGGCAAUGUAACUGGAACAGGAGAAGGGCCCAGCAAGAAAAUUGCCAAGCAUAGAGCUGCCGAAGCUGCGCUGAAUAUUAUGAAAGGCAACUCAAUUGUUUGUAUUGCUAUGCCAGAUCACUUAAUCCCAGGAGCUGUGAAUCAAGCACAGAAUAAGACUAAUCCUGUAGGAUCACUCCAGGAGCUGGCUAUUCAAAAAGGUUGGAAACUUCCAGAGUAUUCAAUGGCACAGGAGACAGGCCCGGCUCAUAAGAGAGAGUUUACAGUGACUUGCAGAAUAGAAGCUUUUGUGGAAACAGGGAUGGGGACAUCCAAAAAGCUAGCUAAAAGAAAUGCUGCUGAGAAAUUACUUCACAAAUUCCAGAAUUUUUCUGGAGAUAACAUCUCUCUUAAUUUAAGUCGCAAUUUGGGGUGUACAUGGGAUACCUUAAAGAAUUCCUCCAGAGAAAAAAUUACUCUGCUGAAGAUGAGCUCCCUGAGUAUCCCAAACACAGAUUACGUUCAUCUCCUUAGAGAAAUUGCGCAAGAACAAGGCUUUCAUGCAACGUAUUUGGAUAUAGAGGAACUGAGUGUGAAUGGACAAUUCCAAUGUCUUGCAGAACUUUCAACCCAUCCAAUCACAGUUUGCCACGGGACUGGGAUCUCCUGGGGCAAUGCUCACAACGAUGCUGCUCACAAUGCACUACAAUAUUUAAAAAUCAUGGCUGGGAGGAAAUAAGCUUCAAGCAAAAGGAAAUAUUUAGAAACAGAUAUAAUUUAAAAGGACCUUAUCUAUUUAAGCUGAACAGUUUCCAAACUCCAGGGGCUGUUUUUUUUUUUUAAGUCACAUCACAAAAUCCACAUAUAUAUUUAUGCGUUAGAAGGAAAUAAUAAUUUAAAUCAAUUAAUUGUGGGGUUUUCAUUUUGGAUAGCUAGACUCAGGAAGCACAGAUACCAGCAGAGCUGCAGUCAUGGAGAAAGGGUUUGGCUGGCAUCCUGUAAUUGGUGAAUCAUGAUAACACGAGCCCGACUUUCCCCAUUGCAUCUCAUUUUCUUGGUCACUGCAGAGGUCAGAAUUUUCUAACAACUGAGCAAUGACCAAUCUGUUCCUUCAGUGGAUAAUGGUCCAGCUCAGAGUUAGGUUCCAGCACAUUGGCUUCACCCAUAGCAACCUUGGGAAGACCUCUGUGAAUAGCUGUUGCUACACCUCCAGACAAAGGUAGCAGGGCAUUCAUCAACUUCCUGUGCUCUCCACUGACCAGAAAUGAGUGGGUUUGGGAGGUGGGCUGCAGCUGAGAAAGGGUGGGCUUUAGUGGGGGAAGGGGUAGAACGCAAGAGUGCCCUAGUUGUGUCUCGUAGCUACAUCUCUUAAUGCAAGGUUUAGUUUUCUUGGGUUUGUUGUUGGAUUAGAAUUCUCAGGACCAAGGUAGGAAUUUCUUCAAACCAGAAGUGUGAAGUAGAUCUACUCAGAGAUUUCCAGGGUAGCAGAGUAGAUCAGCAGGGGGCUUUCAUUCUUGUUUUAACCACUCUAGUGAUUUAAAAAAUCCCUUUUUUUUCUCCUAACUGAGUCACUUAAGUCAAGAUAGGGAGAAAACAGAAAAUACUGUUGCGCAGUUCUAGUACUGAAAAUUAAUUUCUGCACUUCAUUGGCAAUUCUAUACCUGUCUUCACUUACUAUAUUGCACCUGGUUCUAGUUGGUGGACCUCAGGUUUCUAAGAAAAAAACAAAUCAGAUCCCACAACUCUUACAAUCUGCUGGCCCGGUUCUAGGUGACUGGUGGUAUCCAUGUCAGGUGGUGAAUCCACAGUUGGUUUCAGUCUGCUCUUUCCAUGAGUUGUCCAAGAUGUCUCAAAAAUAUUUUCAGCACAUUGGAUAGCUCUUUUUAGGUUCUGGCUAAAAUGUGGAGCAAAUGUAUUGGUUCUGCUCUAACCAAGGAGUUACCCUUGCUGCAAAGCAAAUGUGUGCCACUCCUCCAUCUUCAGUAUCUUCCACUACAAUCACACUUUGGGCUCAACACAAUGAGAAUGUUAUGACAUCAUAACAUAAGGUAUUAGCAGGGAGGAGGUACCUAGAGGUCUGGCUCCAGUUUAGCCAUUCAGUAAGACAACUAAAUUAACAAUAUGUUUAGAAUAGUGCCUUUUGUGGUACUCAGCAUAGUUCUCAAUAGCCAGGAGGAGGAUUUCAGAUCUCUACCUAUUCUGGUCCCUCCAUGCUGACUUUAAUAUAGAGGUAGGAAUUAUGCCCUUCAUGUAUUAUUGGAUUACAACUCUCAGCAUUCCUCACUACUCUGUAUAUGGGUUGCUUAGCAGGCUGAAUCAUUACUGUCCUUACUUUGAAACUACAUGUCUUUCUACCUCUUGUAUUUAAUGACAGAAUUAAAGCCUAGGAAGAAAAUGAAGUUUUGGAAUUGGAUCAAACUCUAUUGGGAAAUGUGUGACAGAAAUGAAACAUCUUUGGGAUUGACACAGAUUACAAAAACUUCUGUUUUUUUCCUAGUGUCAUAAUUGAGGCAGCAUUUAGCACAGAUUUAUAGAAAUGUCUCGAAUUGUCUAGUAUCACCAAUUAGCUUUGAGCCCUCACACCGCACAUGCUAGCUUACCAGCCACUUUGUGAAAACCUCCAUAUAUGAGAUCUUGAAACCAAAGUUGCUCGUAUCUGAUACUCCCCAAGAAAAGUACUCUUUUGAAAAGCUUUAUGUGAUGGCCAUGGCAUUAAUUUUCCUGUAUUUGGAUUUCUCUCAUUGUGUGCACUGUGGCCUUUUUUUAAAUUUAUGGUUUGAAGAGUGUGUUUUUCUAGAAACAAUAUCUUUAUUAACAUCACUGCCGUUUUUCAUAAGAUACCUAUGUUAUUAGAAAUUCUUUAAUAAAUUGUUUUAAAGAAUAA